AUGACGCUUACCUAUUUGUUUUGCAUAAACACCUGACAAGUUGAGCUCGGCAGCUAUUCAGAAGCUGGCAAACGUGUAGCAAAACGCGUAAACUGGAAAUUUCAUCGGGAAUUUUUGUAUUAAAUUACAUCAAUUACAUUUAGUAACAAUAAUUAUAGGUACUCUCGUUUAUCACUCGUUAGAAUGUCAAAUCAAGAAAGAGAAAUGAAAUAAUAAUCCGCUAGCGAUUAAAAGGCGUACAAUCAGCGAAGCGCGUUGCAUAGCAUCGUUUUGGAUAGCAGCGCUGCGCAUCACAACAGCCUCACAGAGAGAUCUCUGUUUGUAAACAGUUCAGUAUGCCAUUGUCGCCGUAAUUAGAGGAAAUGAUGUCACCAAGCUAUUUUGACUUCUCGCCCAUACUAAACACUCCCCUCGCCAUUAUAUUGUGAUUUUGCUAUUUUUCGCCUGAUCAAUAUUUUGUUUUUGUAUUAAACGCAAAGAAACGUGUGUUGAAAUUUUGCUGUUUUUUUUUUUGUAUUUUAAAUUUUUUGUGUGAUGAAUAAUUUUUGGACACACGGCACAACAACACAUCCCAAAUAUAUGAAGUUUUGAAAUCAGCAGACGCCUACAUGCCAACUACUGGCACAUGAAGAUUAUUUGCUCCACAUUAAAGUAAACGCAGCAAAAAUUUAAUAAAAAAAAUAUUCUUUCCAUAAAAGCCUUAUACUUUGCAACGCCUGAAAUGGAACUGGAAUCGAGUAUAGCUAUUCUGCAGGAUUUACGUUUGCAGACAUUUGAUUCAAUACGUUUUGCUUCUUACCGCACGGCCUCAAAAUUGCGUUAUAUACAAAAGUCGACAAAUCUACACUUGGUCGAUAUAUGGAAUGUAAUUGAGGCAUUCCGUGAGAAUGGUUUGAAUACAUUAGAGCCACAAAGCGAAGUGAGCGUGGCAAGAUUAGAGACACUCGUUUCAUCACUCUAUCAUAACCUCAAUAAACGUCUUCCAACGGCCCAGCAAGUUCCCGUUGAUUCGAAGGCCGGCCUCUUGCUCAAUUGGCUUUUAGCAGCGUAUACAAGCGAUAAUUCUGGCAAAAUUCGCGUUUUCUCAAUCAAGGUGGCGUUGGCGACUAUGUGCUCCGGAAAAUUAGUGGAUAAAUUGAGAUAUAUUUUUUCGCAAAUAUCUGAUGGCGCUGGUCAAUUAGUACCUUGGAAAUUGGGCGAAUUUCUACGUGAAGUGUUGGCUUUGCCUGCGGCUGUAUAUGAAUCUCCUACAUUCCAUUAUAAAGACGGCUUGGAGGAGGAAAUAUUUCCAGCUGAGAAUAAGGUCACAGUGAAUGAUUUCAUGGCAACACUUAUGUCUGAACCGGGUCCAUCGUGCCUUGUUUGGUUGCCGUUGUUGCAUCGUUUGGCCACUGUUGAGACAAUUGUACAUCCGACUAUCUGUUCGGUAUGUCACAAGGAGAACUUUACGGGAUUUCGUUAUCGUUGUCAGCGGUGCCACGCCUACCAAUUAUGUCAAGAGUGUUUUUGGCACGGCAAGACAUCACUGAAUCAUCAGAAUGAUCACGAAGUCAAAGAAUAUUCGAGUUAUAAAUCGCCCAGUAAGCAGAUCGGCCAUUCGUUGCGCAAGAGCUUCCGAUGCGUGCCCGAGAAGACGACACAAGUGUUGCCACGAUUCCCCGAACAUCCCGAAAAGACUUUGAAUCUCUCGCAUAUUGUACCGCCAUCACCCCUACCAUCACACAAUGGUUUCACGGAUCCGCCACUACUGCACGGCGGUGUGCCAGGUGGCGCACAUAGUGGUGGCCUGUUGUACGAUCGCUCCAGUACGUUAGAUUCACGUGCCACUGGACGCAGUCUUGACAGUGCCACCGGUGCUAGCAUGUCACGCAUGGCCACCGCUUCGGCCAACGAUGAGGAGCAUCGUUUAAUUGCACGCUAUGCCGCACGUCUUGCCCAGGAAAAUCGUGCUCCGGUCAAUGCUGGUAACGUUGAUAACGCCAGUAGUAUCGGUUCGGAUAAUUCGCGUGCGCAACGCGAACUUAUCGCUCAACUGGAAUCCAAAAAUAAAGAGAUAAUGCGUGAAAUAGCCAGACUUCGUCGUCAACAAGAAGUUGAGCAAAUCACACCAGAAAAUCCGGCGCUUAUAAAUGAGCUACGCGCAUUGCGUCAACGCAAGGGUGAGCUGGAAGGUCAUUUGGGCGCAUUGCAGGACUCGCGUCGUCAACUAAUGGAACAGUUGGAAGGACUCAUGCGUAUGCUAAAGAAUCAGCAAACAACCUCACCUCGCUCCACACCCAAUUCCAGUCCACGUUCGGGCAAAUCACCACCCAUGCCCGGUGGCAUAGGUGCCGUAAAUGCAAUUGUGGGCGGUGCUAAUUCACUUAAUAUUGCUGCAAUGCAUUCGCAACAAGGCCAAGCACCGGCACAUUCUUUAAUUGGCAUGGCAGGCGCUGGUGGUGGCGGAGGCGGCCGCCCUUCGCAGCAACAAUUGCUGCAGGCACAACAGACUGGCGCGUUACAAGGCUCACAACAACAACAACAGUCAUUCAAUACAAGCCAACUGGAGCAAUUGAAUCAAAUAAGCAAUGAAGUGCGUUCAGCAUUUACAGGCAACACGAGCUCAACCUUCAUGCUUAAUCCCAUGGCUGAGAUAAAUGACGCUGCUGAUAAUAUAACAUCGGCACUUUCGAAUUUGGUAAACGAUUUAAAUGCAGGACCAACUGCGUUACCCACGCAACCUCGCUUUAUUAUGCCGCUCGAUAUGCGUCACGUUGUGGGUGGUGAAUCAACACCAAUCGAUGAAGCGUUGACUGGCGCGUCAACAACGGCGCCGAACGAUAACGCAGAUGUUGAUGAGGAGGAGCGUCGUCUCUUUGAGAAUGUCUUCCAAACCGAUGAAGAGUACAAAUGGUUGGACGAUUGCGAACGUCGUACACGCAGUCAGCGUAUUAUGUGCUACAAACAUUAUCCCGAUAUUUUAAUUGACGAUGAGCAAGCUGGUUUUCCGGCGCUACACGAAAUCGGCGAGACUAUCGAUGAAAUGCAACUGAUUAUGCAUGCGUUGAUUAUGAAAUAUAGUAUGAGCUUGUGAAGUGUUCCUUUGUCUCUGCUAAGAAGAGUUUGUUUUUAAAGACUUUGAUGAAUCGCAGACUUAUAGCAAUGAAUGGAACGUCAAGACAAAUGCGAGUAAUCACUGGCAGGAACAGUUUGCCCAAUGGCGUUUACAAUUUCAAAAUGACUAAAAGCCAACCAA